AUGGAUUCCGAUUCCGGCGGCUCCCCGGCCGCGUCGACGCCCCCGCCGCGCGCGGCCUCGCGGCUGAAGGCGCCUGUCCGCGGCGCGACCCCGCUGCUGCCGCCGCGGUCGGCGCGGAAGCCGCCCCCGCUGGGCCCCACGCCGUCGCAGAGGAAGCUUCCCCGGCGCUCGCCGUCGCAGGAAGAUCUGGAUCCUCAAAAGGUUGCAUUCCUUCUGCAUAAGCAAUGGACUCUGUACAGUGUAACUCCCCUGUAUAAUUUCUCCUACACCAAUCUCAAAGAGUAUUCUAACCUUCUGAGUGCGUUUAUUGCUGCUGAAAAGCAGAAGGGACUUGCUGUGGAAGUGGGGGAAGACCUGAACGUGAAGGUGAUUUUCUCUGCUCUCCUAGGAAUAAAAGGAACGCAGAGAGACCCCGACGCCCUUCUUGUCCAGAUUCUGUGUCAUAAAUACCUUAUUGGAGUGCUGGCAUAUUUGACAGAACUGGCAGUUUUUCAAAUUGAGUGA